AUGAAGGGCAAGGAAGAGGUCAUCUCCGAGUUCAACGAGUACGUCAACAUGACGGCCGAGGAGCUGGAGUCAUGGCUCAAGUCGGGAGACUCGAACAGUGCGGGUUGGCCCAAGGACGAUGCCGAGGGCGAUGGGGAGACUGUCGGGCAUGACAGCGGUCGCAACAUUGUGGAGAUCCUGAAGGCCAACCCGGACAAGAAGGAGGAUGAGUACACGGAUGAACAGGUUGAGCACAUGCGCAAGGUCGUCGCGUAUUGGUUUAGCAAGCGCCACCUCGCCCAAGAGGCCAAAGGCAAUAGCGAAAAGUCGCCCGAGGAGGUGAAGAAGACCAAGUCGUACGCGUCACUGAAGAACUGGGGCCACGACUUCCUCAAGGCCCAGGGCAAGGAGGGCGGCGAGCAGAAUGGCAAGUCUGCGAAGAGCAAAAACGGUGACGAGGAGAAGGCCGAGUCCAACGGGUCCAAGAAGGAGAAGAAUGGCAGCAAGAAGGAAGACGACGAGGAAGAGGCCGAGGAGGAGGUUGAGAAGGUUGACGAGGGCCAAGAGGAGGAAGAGGAGGAGGCUGAUGAAGAGAAGACUGGCGACAAGCGAAAGAAGUCGGGCGAGGAGAAUGGAUCCAAUAAGAAGCGACAGACCCGCCAAGGCGAGGGCAAGACCACCAAGAAAGGGGAGGACGGAGAGGAUGAGAAGGAGGAGGAAGAGGAGGAUGAUGGCGACGAAGAGAUGGAGGAUGACGAGGAGGAGGGAGACGAUAAAGAGAACGGCAGCAGCAAGAAGACCAAGAAGGGGCCCAAGAAGGGCGACAAGGUCAGCUGGCAAUGGGGCAAUGGCAACCCGGAGGGCAAAGUCCUCGAUGUCAAGGAGGAGAAGACUACCAUCGAGACGAAAAACGGAAACGAGGUGUCGCGCGACGGUAACCCCGACGACCCGGCUGUGGUAUUGGAUACUGGAAAGUCGAAGGCGAUCAAGGCAAACCACGAGUUGAACUGA